CCCGCGCCCGCCGCCACUGCUGCCGCCGCCGCCGCGGUUCCUUACAUGCGGUGGCCCCGGUGGCUGCCAGCGCUGCCGCCCAUCGCCCGCCGCCUCGGCAUCCCGAGCCGCCUCUCGCCGUGCCGGCCUGGCGCGCAGGUGUUCAUGAAAAAAUGCACAAAAUCCUGACUGGCCGGAAUAAUUCAUGAAGAAGGGGCUGGAUCCGUGGGUCAGAGAACACAGGACCAGUUUGCCAUCCCAAGGCCGAAGGCCUCCCUCCAACACAGGCCUCCAAGCUCUUAGAAAUCUCUGACACAUCUUGACCAUGAGACCGCGGCUAGCUUUUGGCAGGAUUCAAGGCGCAAACCCAGCAUCCUCGACCUAGUUCAUGGAGAAGCCUCAAGCGACGCUGGCCAGGCAAGCUCUCCCUUCCAGAGGGAAGAGCAGAGCGUGAGAGGGCAGCUGCAGCAGGAGUGGACAUGAACGCUGGUUUCCAAAGAGAACAGCGUUUUAGUUUUGGUCAUCGAAAGUGGUGCCUUCAGCACAGAAGAGCGUGAAUUCCCCUCUGCGGCCAUCCGUCUCCGACACGGGAGCAAAGGAAAGAAGAGGCCAGACGGAGCCGCCCGCAGCGUCCAGCGUGGCUCCUCUCGUGCGGGGACCAGGGAUGACUGGGCUGCGCACCCAGACGUCUCCAGCCUUCAGCGGUUCGCGUAGCACACAGGGGACUCGUAGGGGGCCGCUUGCCACUGCCAACUGAAACAAUACGAUGGCAACAUUGACAUCCUUCGUGACGUUCCCACGACAGACAUUCAGGCAGAAAGUGCUGGUGCGUUUUCUGUCUGCCAAGUAGCGGGCCAUGCCUCAACCACGUGAGUGGUUUGGGCCCUGAUGACCUGCUCUGAGUCCACUCGCAGCCAGUGACACUUGCAAAAAAUCCCCAAAGCCGUCUUGGGUUCGGCUUCCUCAGCUCUUGACCAAUGUGGCCGAAAGCAGACGCCUCCUUGGGACGCUUGGAUUAUUCAUAAAUGCAGCCUGCCCCGAACCUCCCUGAAUAGCAUCUCGAGUCUCCGUGGAGGUCAUGGAUCCUGAACAAAGUGUCAAGGGCACCAAGAAGGCUGAGGGAAGUCCCCGGAAGCGGCUGACCAAGGGAGAGGCCAUCCAGACCAGUGUUUCGUCCAGCGCUCCGUACCCAGGCGGCAGCACAGCCGCCACCCAGGAGGCCCCGCUCCAAGACCUCCUAGCCCCGCAGCCCUUCCCGGGCCCCUUGCCAGUUCUUAGGGAAGGCUCUCAGGAGAAAAUGGGCCAGCAGCAGAAGCCCCCCAAGAGGUCGUCCAUCGAAGCCUCUGUCCACAUCUCGCAGCUUCCGCAGCACCCUCUGACACCAGCAUUCAUGUCGCCCGGCAAGCCCGAGCAUCUCCUGGAGGGCUCCACGUGGCAGCUGGUCGACCCCAUGAGACCCGGACCCUCUGGCUCCUUCGUGACCCCUGGGCUCCAUCCUCAGAGCCAGCUCCUCCCUCCCCAUGCUUCCAUCAUCCCCCCGGAGGACCUGCCUGGCAUCCCCAAAGUCUACGUGCCCCGUCCCUCCCAGGUCUCCUUGAAGCCUGCAGAAGAGGCACACAAGAAGGAGAGGAAGCCACAGAAGCCGGGCAAAUACAUCUGCCAGUACUGCAGCCGGCCCUGCGCCAAGCCCAGCGUGCUCCAGAAACACAUCCGCUCGCACACGGGCGAGAGGCCUUACCCCUGCGGCCCCUGCGGCUUCUCCUUCAAGACCAAGAGUAACCUCUACAAGCACAGGAAGUCCCAUGCCCACCGCAUCAAAGCCGGCCUGGCCUCCGGAAUGGGUGGCGAGAUGUAUGCCCCGGGGCUGGAGAUGGAGAGGAUCCCAGGGGAAGAGUUUGAGGAGCCCACCGAGGGAGAGAGCACAGAUUCAGAAGAGGAAACAGUCUCCACGUCCGCGCACCCCGCGGAGCUCUCCCCGAGACCUAAGCAGCCCCUCCUGUCCAGCGGUUUGUACAGCUCCGGCAGCCAGGGUUCCAGCCACGAACGCUGUUCCUUGUCCCAGUCCAGCUCCGCCCAGUCGCUCGAGGACCCCAGUCCAUUUGCAGAACCCUCAUCCGAACACCCCCUGAGCCAUAAACCCGAAGACACGCACACGAUAAAACAGAAGCUGGCCCUUCGCUUAAGUGAGAGGAAAAAGGUCAUCGACGAGCAGGCGUUCCUGAGCCCGGGCAGCAAGGGGAGCACGGAGUCUGGGUAUUUCUCGCGCUCCGAGAGUGCCGAGCAGCAGGCCAGUCCCCCCAACACCAACGCCAGGUCCUACGCCGAGAUCAUCUUCGGCAAGUGCGGGCGCAUGGGGCAGCGGACCACCAUGCUGACGGCCACCUCCACCCAGCCCCUCCUGCCCCUGUCCACGGAAGACAAGCCCAGCCUGGUGCCUUUGUCUGUGCCCCGGACACAGGUGAUCGAGCACAUCACCAAGCUCAUCACCAUCAACGAGGCCGUGGUGGACACCAGCGAGAUAGACAGCGUGAAGCCGAGGAGGAGCUCGCUGUCCCGGCGCAGCAGCAUGGAGUCCCCCAAACCCAGCCUCUACCGGGAGCCCCUGUCGUCCCACGGCGAGAAGACAAAGCCCGAACAAUCACUGCUGAGCCUGCAGCACCCGCCCGGCGCCGCCCCCCCUGUGCCUCUGCUGAGAAGCCGCUCCAUGCCUUCGGCCGCCUGCACCCUCGGUACCCCCCACCACCCCUUCCGAGGUAGCUACUCCUUCGACGACCACGUCGCCGACCCCGAAGCCCUGAGCCGCAGCAGUCAAGUGUUUACCUCCCACCCCCGGAUGCUCAAGCGCCAGCCAGCCAUCGAACUUCCUCUGGGAGGGGAGUACAGCUCCGAGGAGCCGGGGCCAAGUAGCAAAGAUGCGGCCGCCAGACCCGCAGACGAACCGGAACCCAAGGAAAGCGAACUCACCAAAAAGACCAAGAAGGGUUUGAAAACGAAAGGGGUGAUCUAUGAAUGUAACAUAUGUGGUGCUCGGUACAAGAAAAAGGACAACUACGAAGCCCAUAAAAAGUACUACUGCUCAGAGCUUCAGAUCGCAAAGCCCCUCUCGGCGGGCGCCCACGCUUCUCUGGAAGCCGAGAAGAGUCAGGCUGAGCAGGAACCCUGGUCCCAGAUGAUGCAUUACAAACUGGGGACCACCUUAGAGCUCACUCCACUGAGGAAAAGGAGGAAAGAGAAGAGCCUUGGGGACGAGGAAGAGCCGCCUGCCUUUGAGUCAACAAAAAGUCAGUUUGGCAGCCCCGGGCCAUCCGAUGCUCCUCGGAACCUUCCCCUGGAGUCCACCAAGUCACCAGCAGAACCAAGCAAGUCAGCGCCCUCCCUGGAGGGACCCACGGGCUUCCAGCCAAGGACUCCCAAGCUAGGGUCCAGUUCAGAAUCAGGGAAGGAGCGGAGAACAACGUCCAAAGAAAUUUCUGUCAUCCAGCACACCAGCUCCUUUGAGAAGUCUGACUCUCUGGAGCAGCCCAGUGGCUUGGAGGGAGAAGACAAGUCUCCAGCCCCGUUCUCGUCACCCCCACCCGCCCCGCACGGACGCUCCGCACACUCCCUGCAGCCCAAGCUUGUCCGCCAGCCCAACAUUCAGGUCCCUGAGAUCCUGGUGACCGAGGAGCCCGACCGGCCGGACACAGAGCCUGAGCUGCCCCCUAAGGAACCCGAGAAGACGGAGGAGUUCCAGUGGCCCCAGCGUAGCCAGACGCUCGCCCAGCUCCCUGCAGAGAAGCUGCCACCCAAGAAGAAGAGACUGCGCCUGGCAGAGAUGGCCCAGUCGUCGGGGGAGUCCAGCUUCGAGUCCUCCCUUCCUCUGUCUCGCAGCCCAAGCCAGGAGAGCAGUGUCUCUCUGAGUGGGUCCAGCCGCUCCGCCUCCUUUGAGAGGGACGACCACGGAAAAGCCGAGGCCCCCGGGCCCUCAUCCGACACACGCUCCAAACCCUUGGGCACCCACAUGCUGACUGUCCCCAGCCACCACCCACAUGCCCGAGAGAUGCGGAGGUCAGCCUCAGAGCAGAGCCCUAACGUUUCCCAUUCCGCCCAUAUGACUGAGACACGCAGCAAAUCCUUCGACUACGGCAGCUUGUCCUUGACAGGCCCUUCUGCGCCGGCCCCAGCGGCCCCAGCGGCCCCAGCGGCCCCACCAGAGAGAAGAAAAUGCUUUUUGGUGAGACAGGCUUCUCUGAGCAGGCCUCCAGAAACCGAGCCAGAGGCCGCCCCCAAGGGAAGACAGGAGAGCGAGGACCCGAAGCCCUCAUCCAGUAAACCUCCCACCAAAAGCUCAUUGCCCCAGAUUUCGUCAGCGGCCACCUCGCACAGCGGACACCCAGGAGGCAAGAGCCAGGUGCAGGACAGACCUCCACCGGGGUCCACUCCGCCCUAUACGGAAGCACUGCAGGUGUUCCAGCAUCCCACUGCCCAGCUCACCCUGCAUGAGAAGCCGUACCUGCCGCCACCCGUCUCCCUUUUCUCCUUCCAGCACCUCUUGCAGCAUGAGCCAGGACAGUCUUCAGAAUUCUUCUCCACCCAGGCCAUGUCCAGCCUCCUCUCCACGCCGUACUCCAUGCCCCCGCUUCCUCCCUCCUUAUUUCAAGCCCCGCCACUUCCUCUCCAACCUACUGUUUUGCACCCAGGCCAAUUCCACCUCCCCCAGCUCAUGCCUCACCCAGCCAACAUCCCCUUCCGACAGCCCCCUUCGUUUCUCCCCAUGCCAUACCCUGCCUCCUCAGCACUCUCUUCUGGGUUUUUCCUGCCUCUGCAGUCUCAGUUUGCCCUUCAGCUCCCUGAUGAUGUGGAAAGCCAUCUGCCCCAGAUCAAAACCAGCCUGGCCCCGCUGGCAACAGGAACCACUGGCCUCUCCCCCAGCACAGAGUACAGCAGUGACAUCCAGCUUCCCCCUGUGGCUCCCCCAGCCAGCUCUUCAGCACCCACUGCAGCCCCUCCGCUGGCCCUGCCCGCCUGUCCGGACACCAUGGUGUCCCUGGUUGUGCCCGUCCGCAUUCAGACUAACAUGCCGUCCUAUGGGAGCGCCAUGUACACCACCCUCUCCCAGAUCCUGGUCACCCAGCCCCAAGGCAGCUCAGCAACUGUCGCUCUUCCCAAGUUUGAGGAGCCCACGUGCAAAGGGGUGACUGUGUGUGGGGCAGAUGUGUACGAAGUCGGGCCCAGCACAGCAGGGCUAAGUGAGGAGCAGAGCAGAGGUUUCCAGACUCCAUACCUGAGAGUGCCUGUCACAUUGCCUGAAAGAAAAGGCACUUCUCUGUCGUCAGAGAGUGUCUUGAGCCUGGAGGGGAGUUCAUCAACAGUGGGCGGAAGCAAACGCGUCCUGUCCCCAGCUGGCAGCCUCGAGCUCACCAUGGAAACCCAGCAGCAAAAAAGAGUCAAGGAGGAGGAGGCUUCCAAGGCAGAUGAAACGCUAGAGCUGUUGAAGCCAUGCAGCGUGGUGCUCACCAGCGCCGAGGAUGGCAAGAGGCCGGAGAAAUCCCACUCGGGCAGCCAGGGCCAGGGCAGGAGGGAACUAGAAACACUGUCCAGUGUGUCCUCAGAUCCAGCUGGCCCCAAGGAAGUCCCUGCACGUCCUCACCCCUCCUUGCCCCGUGUGACGGCCCCAGGCUCAGAGGCUUUGAAGGAAUAUGCCCAGCCAUCUGGUAAACCUCACCGCAGAGGGUUGCCCGCCCUGAGCAUAAAGAAAGAAGAUUCCAAGGAACAGCCUGACCUCCCUCCACUGGCACCUCCCGGCUUGCUGCCUCGGUCAGAAACGUCUCCCAGACCAGCCAAGUCGCAAGAAGGUACGGACUCAAAGAAGGUACUGCAGUUCCCCAGCCUCCACACGACCACUAAUGUCAGUUGGUGCUAUUUAAACUACAUUAAGCCAAAUCACAUCCAGCAUGCAGAUAGGAGGUCCUCUGUUUACGCUGGUUGGUGCAUAAGUUUGUACAACCCCAACCUUCCGGGGGUUUCCACUAAAGCUGCUUUGUCCCUCCUGAGGUCUAAGCAGAAGGUGAGCAAAGAGACAUACACCAUGGCCACAGCUCCGCAUCCUGAGAAAGGAAGGCUUGUGCCAUCCAGCUCUCGCAAGCCCCGCAUGACAGAGGUUCACCUCCCUUCGCUGGUUUCCUCAGAAGCCCAGAAAGAUAUAGCUAGAGUGGAGAAGGAAGAGGAGAAGCGAGGGAAGCCGGAGGAGGACGCUCCUGCCUCCAAGCGAGGGGAGCCGGCGAGGAUCAAAAUCUUCGAAGGAGGGUACAAAUCAAACGAAGAGUAUGUUUAUGUGCGAGGCCGCGGCCGAGGGAAAUAUGUUUGUGAGGAGUGUGGAAUUCGCUGCAAGAAGCCCAGCAUGCUGAAGAAGCACAUCCGCACCCACACUGACGUCCGGCCCUAUGUGUGCAAGCACUGUCACUUUGCUUUUAAAACCAAAGGGAAUCUGACUAAGCACAUGAAGUCGAAGGCCCACAGCAAAAAGUGCCAAGAGACGGGGGUGCUGGAGGAGCUGGAAGCCGAAGAAGGAACCAGUGACGACCCGUUCCAGGACUCGGAAGGGCGAGAGGGCUCAGAGGCCGUGGCAGAGCACCAGUUUUCAGACCUGGAGGACUCGGACUCAGACUCGGACCUGGAUGAAGACGAGGAUGAGGACGAGGAGGAGAGCCAGGAUGAGCCAUCAGGACCGUCCUCGGAGGCACCCCCGCCCGGCCCACCGGCCACCCUACCGGCAGACUCCUCGCCCGUUCAGGGCCCUCCCACCCCAGAGGCCACGUUUGGCAACCAGGCCCCACGGGGCAGCUCAGUCUCGGAAGCCGAGCCCUUGGCAGCCAGCAGUUGCUCCACGUCCAGCCAAAGCAUCCUGUGCCUCCCCCGGCUGGGACCAGCCCCUUCGGGCCCCAUGGAAAAGGACACAGGCUCGGCCCUGAGCUCCAAGGCCAUGUCCCCGAGAAGGCCGUGGUCCCCAAGCAAAGAAGCAGGCAGCCGCCCACCGCUCGCCCACAAAUACUCACUAACCAAAAGCGACUCGUCUCCCCAGCGACAUUCACCGGCCCGAGAGCCACAGGCCUCAGCCUCGAGUCCGCCUGGUCCCCAGAUGGGCCCUCUCCCUUGCGGGUCUCCAAGACUUGAGCUGUCUCCUCUCACCCCUCGCCCCCUGGGACGGGAGCUGCCCCCUCGAGCGCAUCUGCCUCCAGAACGCGAAGGCGCCACAGACCCAGGCCCCUCCAGACACUCACCCACCAGGAGAGGGCCUCCAGGCCAGGCCGAGUCACCACCACGGUCAGCGCUGCCCGGGAAGUGGGCCUCGGCGGGGCCCGGCAGCCCCUCGGCGGGCGAGCGUGGCCCAGGCUCGGGGCUGGCCCCGCGGGCUCUCUACCCGCCCGCGCCUCUACCUCACAAGCUUCUCGGCAGAAGCCCCGAGACCUGCACCUCCACGUGGCAGAAGGCCGAGUCCCGAAGUCCCUCCUGCUCACCUGGCCCUGCUCAUCCUCUCUUCUCCCGACCCUUCUCCGCCCCCCAUGACUUCCACGGCCACCUCCCGGCCCGGACAGAGGAGAACAUCUUCAGCCACCUCCCUCUGCACUCCCAGCACUUGACUCGCGCCCCAUGCCCCCUGAUUCCCAUCGGUGGGAUCCAGAUGGUGCAGGCCCGGCCGGGGGCCCACCCCACCCUGCUGCCAGGGCCCACAAUGGCCUGGGUCAGCGGCUUCUCGGGGGGCGGCAGCGACCUGACAGGGGCCCGGGAGGCCCAGGAGCGAGGCCGCUGGAGUCCCACUGAGAGUUCGUCAGCCUCCGUGUCCCCCGUGGCAAAGGUCUCCAAGUUCACACUCUCCUCGGAGCUGGAGGGCAGGGACUACCCCAAGGAGAGGGAGAGGACGAGUGGGGGCCUGGGCAGACCUCCCGACUGGGAGCCCCGUGUGGCUAAGGUGCCCGCAGAGCCCGCACCCACGCACUGCCCCCGCACCCCACCCGAGGCCUCGCCUCGGCCACCCCACGGCCACCGAGCAGAGCCCCGGAGCCCCCGCUUGGAGUCCCCACGCACACUGGCCAACCCUGCGGCCUCUGCCGCCCCGCCACUGGACCGCAGCAGUUCGGUGGGCUGCCUGGCAGAGGCCUCCGCUCGCUUCCCAGCUCGGAGGAGGAACCUCUCUGGGGAACCCAGGACCAGUCAGGGCUCCCCGGAGCCCUCAGGAAGUGGGGGGCCCGGGGCACCUCCACACCAGCCCGAGGACAGGGGCCCCCCAGGCACUUAGCCUCUCUCCGACCGCUUCUGCAUCUGGCUUCCGGUGUUCGGCAACAGACGUUUCCAGCCAACUUCCUCGAAUCAUCUCGCUCUCAUGGGCUCCCUCUCCCGUCUGUCCGUCUGUCCAGGCAGCUUCUGCCCAGCCCUGAUCUGUUCUAUCUUCCCACGUAUGCAGUUACCUGUGCCUUCUUCUAUAUCUUUUGUUGCUUGAAAAGAAACAAACACAACACACACACAUAAAAAAAAAAGCCCACGAGGAGGUUGAGGCUGUGAAUAUUUUGUGCUUUUCCGAGAAAGGGUGUAGGUGGGGCUUCACCCUGGGCCGCUGCGCUCGGCAGCCACCCCCAAGGUUGGCAAGAGGUGGCUAUUUGCUGAGGGAAAAGGGAUGCCUGGAAGGAGAAGAAAAACCAAGGAACUUUUAAAAAUAUAUAAUUAAAUGUAAAAGUAAGCACUCCUAUGUACAGACGUUCAUGUUUCCUAUUUAUUGCCGCUUCGUCCACCCCAGCGAGUGGCCACCCCUCUCUGCCAGCAGAAUGGCCAGCGGCCUGAGGCAGAGGGACACAGACAGAGGCAGGGAGACCCCACUCAGCCUCCACGUGCAGGCCCGGAAAACUCCAACUUUCUUUUCCCCAAGAAAAAGAAAAUGUUACUUUUCCUAGGAUUUCAACACAAAAUAAUAGGAACAGGUAGAAGGUGGGAGCUGGUAGGUUCCAUCCCAGGCUCCAAGAUACCCAGGUGGUCUGAGUCAUGG